AUGGCGGUUGUGUAUGACGAAACGUGCGACAAGCAGUUCAUCACACACGCAGUGUCAGGAUGGAUUGUCCAGGUUUCUGAAACAGAGCCAGAGGGCCAGAGGGCCAGAGGCAGAGAGAUAGAAAAGGAUUUGGGUUUGACUGGGCCGGCUAACUAUCAGUUGUGGGCCACGGCCCAUAUGACAAACACGACAUCGUUUAACGUUUUUCUUUCUUUAUCUUUUUUUUAUACAAUAUAA